GCUGUACUGACACUAGGGAUAACAGUGCAGAUAUCAAGUGCAAAAUAGCAUAGUACAUUUAUAGAAAAAAAAAUAAUAAAAUAGUGUGUAGAGUAUAAACAUUAUAGUAGUCAAAAUAUAAAAUAAAUAAAUUUUUCAAAUUAAUUCGGCUUGUGGCUAAUUUAAAAGUUAAUUAAUUUUUUUUGCUUUUUUUUUUCUGGCAAAUGACUUGUUUUUAAAUUUAAUUGACAAUUGUUUAUUUUAUUAACACAGCAAAUUAAUAUUAAAUACGUGACAACUUGCGCAAAAGUGAUGGAAAAAUAAAUAAAUUUUAACACCGGCUUGUUCUCUACAUUAGUAUAUAUCGAUCAAAUUUAAGACUAUAAAAAUUUUUCAAUAAGUUAUUUAUUUUUAAACGGUUUGGUAAAAUUGAUUAUUUUUUCGAUUUAUUAAUAGAUGGAUAAUUAAUUUUAUUAAUUUUCAUGAUAAAAAAGUUGUGGUGUUUGUAUAUAAUUGAGUAAAAUUUAUAUAAUAAUGACAAACAAUGAAUUAACUUGUGACAUUGCUAAAAAAAAAACUGGACAUUGUUGUAAUUGUCCAUGUCAUCAACAUUGUACAACUAAAUGUCGAGAAGAUGUCGAGAGUAUGACCGGUGAAAUUGAUAAUGGAGAUUUAACUGUCCAAGAUGUUGCUGAUCUUUUGCAACCACAAUACGCAAUAAUAACUGGUGGUAAAACUCGAGAGGGAUGUCCAAUAAUAACAUUUCCCGACAAUGGAAACUUUCACAAUGUCAGCGAUUCGGACUAUCAUCGUCUUAUGCUUUAUCUAACUUCCGUACCAACUUUACAAGAAGCUGAUCUUGGUUUUCACUUGAUAAUUGAUCGCAGAACAGACAAGUGGAAUUCAGUUAAAACAGUCCUUCUUAAAAUAUCGGCAUUUUUUCCUGGACUUGUUCAUGUUGCUUAUGUAUUACGUCCAGUUGGUUUUUUACAAAAAGCAAUAUCAGAAGUAUCAAAUAAAUUAUUUCGUGAAGAUUUUAAAUUUCGUGUUAUUGUAUUGGCAAAUAUAACUGAAUUAUUUGAAUUUAUUGAUAAGGAUCAAUUGACUGAAUCACUUGGUGGCAAUUUACCGUACUGUCAUCAUACUUGGAUACAAAAUAGAAUUAGUUUGGAAAAAUUUUCCUCAAUGACUCAAGACGUUUCAAUAGCACUUGAUUCAUUUACUCGUCGUUUAGCUGAAAUUGAAUUUCCAAAUAAUACAAUAGCAACAACACGUUUAUUGAGUCAACAACAAGCUGAAUAUAAUGAAUUAAAAGAAGAAAUAUUAAGUGCAGCAAGACAUGGUGUUGCAUUACUUGAUAGUGUACGAGAACUUGCUGGUAAAGGUACUGCUGAUCAAUUGGGUAAUGUUGCUGCUGUUGAAAGACUAUUAGUUCAACUUGAUGAAACUGAACGAACAUUUGAUCUCUUUUGGUCACAUCACAGUUCACGUUUACGUCAUUGUCUUGCACUACGUCAAUUUGAACAAGAUUUUCGUGAAUUACAAGCAUCACUUGAUCAACAUUUAAAAACAACUGAUGAAAUGACAGAAAUUGGUGAAACACAAAUACGUAAUGAAGAAUUAAUUCGAGACAUGUCUGCUUAUCAAACAAUUUGUCGAGGAGAUAUUAAACGUGCAGAGGAAGUAAUUGCUGCUGGUCAACAAUUAUUAUCUGGAAGACAUCAGUGUCCAACUGAUGUUGUUGAGCCAAAAUGUGCUGAAUUACAACGUGUUUGUACGAUACUUUCUCAACGACUUGAAAAACGUCUUCAUACAUUAACAAAAUGUCGUGAAUUAAUGGAAAAAAUUGACAAGGCAAAUGCUUGGUGUACACAAGGAUUUAAACAUUUAGAUACACAAAAUACAAUUAUAUCACCAAAUCAAGCUCUUCAAGAACUUGAACAACUUGUUGAAUCAGCUGAAGAAUUUCAUAAUCCAACAUGUGUAUUUGAUGAUUUAAUAAUGCCGGAAACAAAAGCAUUAGUAACACAAGUUUUACAAAGAAUUGAAGAUGUUACAAUGAUGUGUGAAAAAAAAAUUGUAAUAUUAAAACAACAAUUAGCUAAACCAACAAGACCAAUACAAACUGUAACACCAGAACCAGCAAAAUUAAUAUUAUUAUCAUCCUCAUCAUCAUCAUCAUCAUCGUCAUCAUCAUCAUCACAAAUUAUUAAACCUGGUAGAAUUCUUAAAAAAGCCAACACAAUGCCAAAAAUGGAAAUUGGUACAAUUGAUGAUACAUCAUCAUCACCAGAAAGUGAACCACGUGAUAUUGAAUUAUCACGUCAAAAACGUGGUCAUGUAUUGAGUGAACUUGUUGAAACUGAACGUUUAUAUGUUAGUGAACUUGGUUCAAUAAUAAAAGGCUAUAAAAUGGAAAUGUCAAAUGAGACAAUUGCACAUUUAAUACCAUCUGGUUUAAUUGGUAAAAGUGAUGUGUUAUUUGGUAAUAUUGAAGAAAUAUAUCAUUUUCAUGGUGAUAUAUUUCUUCGUGAUAUUGAAAAUUGUAUAUCAAAUACAGAACUUGUUGCUUUAUGUUUUGUUCAAAGACGUGAUAUAUUUUUUCGUCUUUAUAGUUAUUAUUGUCAAAAUAUAACACGUUCAGAAAGUUUACGUGAACAAAUACAAAAUGAACCACAAUUUCUUACUUUAUGUCAACAAAAAUUAGGUCAUAAAUUACCACUUGCUGCAUAUUUACUUAAACCAGUACAACGUAUAACAAAAUAUCAAUUAUUAUUAAAAGAUUUAUUAAAAUAUAGUGAUGAAUUGGCAUGUUGUACUGAACUUAAAGAAGCACUUGAUUGUAUGCUUGUUGUACUUAAAUGUGUUAAUGAUAGUAUGCAUCAAACGGCAAUUACAGGUUUUGGGGGAGAACUUGGUGCUCAAGGUGAAUUAUUAUUGCAAGGUUCAUUUAGUGUAUGGAGUAGUAGUAAACGUGAACGUUUAUUGCGAUUAAAACCAUCACAACGUCAUAUAUUUUUAUAUGAAAAAUCAAUGAUUUUUUGUAAACACAGUAAACCACAAGCGCACAAUAAAGCAACUUAUCAUUUUAAACGUUAUUUAAAAAUGUCACAAAUUGGAUUAACUGAAUCAGUAAAAGGUGAUCAAAGAAGAUUUGAAAUAUGGCUACAAGGACGUGCUGAAGUUCAUACAAUACAAGCAUCAAGUUUAGAUAUUAAACAAUCAUGGGUACGUCAAAUAAAAGGUGUAUUAAUGUCACAAUUAGCUGAAUUAAAAGGUAAACAAAAUACAGCUCUUGCUAAAACAAAUCAUAAACCACUUCGUCAAACAAUAUCAUGGGAUGCACAAAGUUGUAUAUCUGGUUCAUUACGUACUUUAUCUGUUGAUGAACAAAAUAGUGUUAUUGUAUCAUCACAUAUUAAUAGUAGUGAUAUUAAUUUAACACAAUCAAAUGAGGAUGAUGUUGCUUGGAGUUCAGAAAAUAGUAAUACAGAUGAUGAAGAUGGUUUUUCUGAAAAUUGUGGACCAGCACCAGGUGGUAGAUAUGUUGCACUUGCUGAUUAUUGUGCUGUUGGACAAUCAGAAGUUACAAUGCAUGAGGGUGAUUAUUUAGAAUUAUUAAAAGUUGGUUGUGCUGGUUGGUGGUUUGUUAAAUUAAUAAAUACAAGUAUUGAAGGCUGGGCACCUGCAGCAUACUUGGAACCAGUUAGUCGUAAAACAUCACGUAGUUCACAAUCAGUUAAUAGCCAAGAGACCAUAUGAAAUAGACGCUUAACACAUUAAAUGUCUCAUAUUGUGACAAAUUUAAUGUGUUUUAUAUUAUUAUUAUUUAAUAUGAGCCUAUUAAUCAAAUAAUUUAAAUUUUUAUUAUUGUGAAUAAUAUUUUAAUUUUGACUGAAGUAGUACAGUAUUUCAACAAUAAUUAUUGCCUUUUAAAGGUUUUUUCAUUUUUAUUUUUUGUUACGUUUGAAAUAAAAUCAUACUAAUAUUAUUAGAAAAAAGGCUAUGUAUAUAUUAUAAAAUAUAAAUUAAAAGAAAUAAUUAUAUUUGUUUUUAUUUUUUUUACCUUUUAUUUAUUAUAAAUAUAUGAAAAAUAAAAUGGAGGUCUUAUUGCCAUGUUAGUAAUAAUAAAAGUCGUUCAAUAAUAAUGUAAAAUAAUAAUUGUUAUAAUGAGUUAGUUGAAAGACUUGAAAUUAAAUUAUCAUUAUUAUAAAAAUGAAAAUCCCAAGUUGUCAAAAGAUAACACCAAUCAUUAUGCAAUAGUUUAUACUGAUUUAUAAAUAUAAAAGACAAAUUACCUUGCAACCAAAUAUAAAUAUAAAAAUUUUAAAAAUAAAAACAUAAGAUUUAUUAUGCUGCGAUGGAAUAUUAUUUAAAAUUUGAGAUAUUUAUACGCACACACACUUACAUUUAAUUUUAGUUGAAAAUUUAUGAUAAAAUUUAACUCUGCCUAAUAAAUUUCUAAAUUUUCAAGUGAUCAAUUUCAAAUCACUGACUUAAAAAAAAAAAAAUAAUAAUUAAUUAAUAAUAGACAAUAAACUAAGAAAAUAAUAAUUAAAAAUUUUUGAAUAAAUUCUGCAAUAGUUAAAUGAUGAUGAUAAUAAUAAUAUAAUCAACUUUAAAAUGAAAAUAAAAUUAUAUUAAUUAUUUCAGUGGAUAUUUUCUUGGAAGGAAAAUUCACAUUAUCUUCUCCCAACUUGUUGUUUUUAUUUUUAUUUUUAUUUUUUAUUAUUUAACAAUCGUAAAGAAUGCGAAAAGAAAAAUUGUUAAAUUCUAUUUUUACACUUAUAGAGAAAAAAAAAAAUAAUCAUGAUGAUGAUGAUGAUGAUGGUAAUAUGCCUCUGUUUGCGAGCAA